AUGCUAAUCAGUGAAAGAGCCUAUUGUUGGCCACGAGGAAUUGGUCGAAGUAGAUCUGAAGGAAAUUUGAUUGACAUGGAAGCCUCAAAACUCUCAAAAAAUCAAAAUAUUAUAGCACGGCAAGGACUAGGCUUGCCUUACAACUGGCCAGAUGCUUCUACUCUCCAUGGUGAUAGUGACACCAAAGCUACAAAUCCAUUCUGGAAUGAACUGUCUGCCUCGAAUCCAUUUCUGGAGGACAUCACACAGCUAAGAAAUAACAAAAAGAGAGAUAAUAUGUCUAUCUUGAAGGAAGAUCCUUUUCUUUUUUUAAGACAAAUAGAAACAGAAAAUUCUUUUGACUCUUCUGGUGAUGAACUUGACAUGGAUCAGGGGCUUAAGUCAUCUAUCUUAAGGAAGUCAGGAAGGUCUAAGAGUGUUUCUGAACUCCUGGAUGUCUUAGGUGAUAGGACACACACUCAUCAAAAUAUACAUAGUUCUGAUCAGAUCCUAAUACAAGACUUAGAAUGGCUUCAAAAUGACCGAGAAGCAUAUAAAAUGGCUUGGCUCAGUCAACGUCAGUUGGCCCGCUCUUGCCUAGAUCUGAAUACAAUUAAUCAGAGUCCUGGAUGGGCUCAAACACAAAUUGCAGAGACCAUUGCAGUUUGUAAAUUAAAUCACCAAGGAGGAUCAAUCCAAUUACCUGACUCAGACAUCACUAUUCAUGUACCCCAAGGACAUAUAGCUGUGGGAGAAUUCCAGGAGGUAUCUCUGAGAGCAUUUCUGGAUCCUCCACCAAAGCUGAACCACGAUCUCUCUUGUACUGUAAGCCCUCUCUUGGAAAUCAGGUUAAGCAACCUGAAUACCAUGGAAGCUAUUUUGUUGGAGAUGAAAACUGGAGUAGAAGUAAAAACAGAUCCUCUGAGUCAAGUCAUGACAAAAAUCGUGUGUUUGCACAGCCUGGACAGAGAAGGCCCUUUCCAAGCAUUAAACAACUGCUAUAUCUACAAAGAUACCAUCCAAGCUAAGCUUCUUGAUCUGAGCCAUGUAAUGUAUAUAGUCAUAGCUGCACAAGCUACAAUCAUUCAGCCACCAGCUGCUACUAUUUGGGAUUAUAUCCACAAAACCACCUCCAUUGGAAUUUAUGGACCCAAAUAUCUCCAUCCAAGCUUUACUGCUGUUUUCACUGUUUGUGGACACAACUAUGUGCCAGGAAAGUUUACAGUCUCUGACAUUAGGAAGGGUGGAAAAAACACAUCUCCAGUCGUAUUUUACCUCUGGGGGAAGCAUUCAUUUUCACUUGACAAGCCAAAAGAUUUAAUUAUUUCAGCUUUUUCGUGUGAUCCUGAUUUUGAAGUAAAGGAAGAAAGAGAAAGAAAAGUAAUUCCACAAAGGCAAUUGGAAGCAGGUGUGGUAGUUCAUCAACAAGUUUUCUUUUCUUCAGUUGACCACAGAGAGAUGCACUUGUUUGUUUUCCGGGUUCAGGUAAAGCCCCCCAAUGGAAAACCAGUGACACAGUUCUUUGUCACUUCACCUGAUCCAUCCCCAAAUCUAAAAAGAUUCUCAUGUCUGCCAGGCUUUUUCCAGAAGAGAGAAGACAGGAGAGUGCCUUUAUUGUCAACAGGACUUGUUAAGUAUCCCACUUUCCAAGAUAAAAAAUUGAACUUUACCAAUUAUGGGGUUACACUGAAGACAGUACUGAGGCAAAAUAAGAUUGACUAUUUGCUUGAAUAUUUAAAAGGGGACACAAUUGCUCUUCUUGGAGAAGGUACAGUAAGAGCCAUAGGACAAUCCAAAGUGAAAGAAUGGUAUGUAGGAGUCCUCCGAGGUAAGAUCGGACUCGUGCAUUGUAAAAAUGUCAAGGUGAUUUCCGAAGAACAAGUGAUGUCAAUGUCUGAUGUCAUUUUGACAACCAAGAAUCUUCUGGAACAAAUUUCCUUGCCAUUUAAAAGUCUGACUUAUAUAUACUCUGUUGUAUUGACCUUGGUGUCAGAAAAAGUUCACGACUGGAAAGUUUUAGCUAAUGUCCUGGGUUACUCACAUCUGGCACAGGAAGAUUUUAAUAGAAUUCAAGCUGACAAGGAACCAGAACGGGUUUCUUACAUUGUCAAGAAGUUAAAGGAAGAUUGCCAUGAAGACAGAAAUACCAGGAAGUUCCUUUAUGAACUGAUUGUGGCUCUGCUAAAAAUGGAUUGCCAAGAGUUAGUUGCACGUCUUAUCCAAGAGGCUGCUAUUCUGACUUCAGCUGUGAAGCUUGGAAGAAGCUGGAGGGAACUUGCUGAGAAGUCUGCAGGACUCACUAAGCAUCAGAUGCAGGCAUAUGAAAUUCCUCACCGAGGAAAAUCUGGAGAUGUUUCAACAGAGAUGAUGUGGAAGCCUGCUUAUGAUUUUCUCUAUGCAUGGAGUUUUCACUAUGGAAAUAGCUACAGAGAUGUGUUACAAGACCUUCAAUCAGCUUUGGACAGAAUGAAAAACCCUGUCACUAAACGGUGGAGAGAUUUAACUGGAACUUUAAUACUUGUAAAUUCUUUAGAGAUUUUGAGAGUGACUGCUUUCUCUACUUCUCAGGAAAUAUAG